CAAGUUACAAGUAGCAGGAAAGCACUGCCCGAAAUUUAAUCUUUAUUUUCCGAAUGAAAUCGUUGCCAAACUCAUUUGCAUUUCUACAUUCCUGCUUAUGUAAUUACGCUAUUCGACUUUUUGCUUUGAGAGAUCUUUGUGGAUUUUUUGCUGUCGUUUUAAACGAGUUGUUUCACACCAGUUGCAAGUCGGCGAAGUCGCUACUUUCAACAAUGUCUUAGGACACAACUACUGAACCUCGCUUGUGUUUCGUGAAGAUUUUAUCGGCUUGUGGUUAGUCCAACCACGUCCAACGCUGUUGGUUUUCACAACAAUUUAACAGGGAAUAAUCGGAAUAAUUAUAAAGAGCAACGACUCCACUUCGGUAUAAACUGGUGUUAAAAAAAUGAUGGCGCUUAAAUUCUUGGCAAUAUUUUCGUGUUUGAUUUUCGUAUGUUCCAGUCAAGACCCGACUCAAACACCAAAACGUGAGUAUUUCUUAGCAAUUCAGUAGAGUUUAGAAAGGAUAAUGUUAUGGCGAAUUUCCUGGGUAUCAAUAAUAAAUAAAGUGGUUUUAUAUAGGGGAUAUAAAUAUGUCCACGACCAAUAUAUUAAAGCAGAGGGGAAAAUACGCUUUAAUACACAUCUUUAAAUGUUGUGAUUUGUCUGUUGUGUAUUUUUAUUACGUGUUUUGAGACGCUAUUAACCUAUAUAAACUCACGAAGUAAGGCAAGCGGAUUUCUGUGGGAAAAAAUCUUGUCUUUUACACUUCGUUUAAUACUGUUUGAUAACGUUUGAACUCACGCUGAAGUGUCUGAAAGUAUAGGGUAAAUGUCUUUGUACAUUUCGCAUACAGUGAAACUGGGUCUUGUCAAAGUAUUUAUGAAGUGACGAAGGCCUGACGAAAGAUUAUAUUUCGCGGAUAAAAGCUAUUGUUAUUGUAACGCGAUAUUUGCCCUCGAUAUUUUUUAGUCUGUUUAAUAAGUGGUUUUAUAAAAUCAAAUUCGGGAAGUCUCGCUUUGUUUGGUACAGGCAGUUUAAACCUUUUAUCAAUAGUGAUUUCUCUUUUGAAUGCUGUCAACGUCUGAUAUAUUUUCAUAUUUAAUUAAAGGUAGUGACGAUGUUAGUGUCCUAGGGAGAGACAUUCAAAGAUAUUGUAGCUCGUCAAUUGACCUUGUAAUAUUCUAAGUUGUGCACUAUUUCAUUUUCGUUUGCUUGUAAGUGCUUAAGUGCUUAUAGGGGAGAAAUAAAGUUAAUAGAGGCAGCUUUAUAUGCCGUUUGAAAAUAUAUUUCACGUUGAUAUACAGUAUUGUGCGUUGAAGAUUUGUAUCUGACCAAACUCUUGCUAUCAUUUAUAAUCUUGCAUGAUUACAUUACUGUUCCCUUGGCUGUUUAUAUAGUAGAAAAACAAUGCAAAAAUAAAGGUUUUUUCAAAGUUUUUUUGUGAGAAAAUCUAUCUGUCCUAUAUUUAAAUGUGAUAUUUAUAAUUAAUUGUUACUAACAUGUUUUACAAAUAAAUAUUGGUUUAAGCUGUGUUUUGAUAUAGAUCACAUGACAGAUAAGUUCUGAAUUGCUGACAGUUGAGAGUAUUUAGUAACAACAGUACUAAUUAUUUCCAGUUUAGCCCCAGGAGAUGGUUGUUCAAAGCUGGAUUAGUGCAAAUCCUGGGUUAAAAUUGAGUCGCUGUUUUAGUUUGUGUAUUUCCACAUGUUUGUUUAUUUCAAAACUUCAGAAAAGAUACUCCUGUUGGUCCUGACAAAAUUUCUGAAGAAUAUUUCUAUUAAGUUAAAAAAAAACUGUUGGGAAAUCUGCUUUGAAUAGUAGGUUUAAUAGGGAUGUGCCGGAUACUGUUUUGCCGGAUACCGGAUAGUAGUCUACCGGAUACCGGUCAGGAGAAAAUGAUGACCGGAUACCGGAUAAUAACUGGAUACCAGAUAAUAACCAGAUACUCCCAUACAAUAAUUUAUUAGAAACACAACAUUUUUAUAACUAACUAGUCCAAUGUAGCAAUGUGUUUACUGUCGUUCCAAUUGAAGUGUUGCUCAAAUAUUGAUUCAAUACAUUACCUUGGGCUGACCAAUUCAUUUUAUCAAGUUCCUCGAGAUAUUCAUACACUUCCUGUGAAAGAGCCAAUUCCAAGUUUAAUUGAUCAUUUCUGGUCACUUCCUUUCUGGUUAGUUGCACAAACAACAAAGGUGAUUGGUGCAUUCAAACUAUUCAACAGUAAGUUUACAAUUAUACUAGGAAGUGUAUGAAUAUCUCGAGGAACUUGAUGAAAUGAAUUGGUCAGCCCAAGGUAAUGUAUUGAAUCAAUAUUUGAGCAACACUUCAAUUGGAACGACAGUAAUACACAUUUUUUGUCUCUUUGACCUAUUUGUCUUUACCUUGCAAGGCCAUAUCUUAUGAUUCACCUUACAUCAGUUUACUGGUAUUCAGUAUCACGAAAAAAAUAUGUCGUAAUUUCGUUGUAAUGCAGUGCACGCUCAGUAAUUGUUUGUGUUUCACAAUUUUUAAACGCCCAGUAAACUUUCCCGUUUCAUGGUUGUAACAAAAUAUCUUACAGUACUAUCCGGUAAAUAUCUGGCAAAUUUAUACCGGAUAGUGCCGGAUGUCUAAAUUUUACCGGAUACCGGUAUCCGGAUCCAGCACAUCUCUAAGGUUUAAGCUAACUACAGCUUUGAAAUCCUGACAUGUUUGUUAGCCUAAUAUAUUGACGAUCAUUAAUCUUCCUAGGUCUCCACCCAGCAUUAUUCUUCAGUAAUAAACCAGCGUUACCAGACUACCCUGGUGUAGCCAUUGACACAGGGUCUGUCACCUUAGCUUGCGUUGGUGGUAGCCAGGAUAAUCGUCGGGUUCAUUUCAAGUGGUAUAAAGAUGGAGCGCUACUGAAGGCUGACUCAUCACCAAUUAUAGCGACAAUUGCAGGAGAUUUGACAAUAAAUCCCUCGGAUUAUACUAGAGAUGAUGGGUUUUAUCGAUGUUUGAUAACUGACAAUACCUGGUCACUUUUGUCAAACAUGGCUGAAUUGCAACUUGCAUGUAAGUACAAAAUACUUUAUGCUUCUCUUUUAUGCACUUUACUACACAAAGCUAAGAGUUUUUUCUGACCAAUAGUUUCUGACCACCCCCCACACCCUGCCUUGCCUCCCCCCUGUGGCAGCGGCCCUAGUAUACAACCUUCAAUGCAAUCACUUGAGAUGUGGUCCAAACUUUAAUUUUCAGAUACCAGUGGUAUAAAAAAGAACGAUGUGACAAUGAGUGGGAUUCAGUAUCAAGGCUGGAAAUACAUCUACACUGGCUACAAACAUUCAAAAUAUCCCAAGCCAACAUUUAUCUGGAAAUUUAAUGGACGGACAUUGCAAGAAUCAAAGCGUAUCAGUAUUUCCGAGGACGGCAACCUGUACAUUGCACAAUUAAGUCUAAACGAUGCAGGGAAAUAUUCGUUUGAAAUGCAACUAGGCUCAUUGAGACAGCAAAGAGAGUCAAUAAAUUUGCAAGUUGCUAGUAUGUUCUUUUAUUAUAGCAUUGAAUAAUUAGUGUAGAUGAAUAUUGUAAAUGAACCCAGUGGUGGAUUUAGGGGGGGGGGGGUGCACACCCCCUAGGCUCUGGUCAACAGGGGUGCAUGGGGGUGUGUGCAAAAAUGACGUUUAUCCUAAUUCUAACCAACUUAUGUUAAGGAAUUCAGUUGGGUAUCACCAGUUGACAAUAGUGGAAUAGCCAAUAUUACAUAUUCUGAAUUUUUAAAUGUUUUGAGAAUCUAAAAAUUUUCCAGAAUGUUUUCUCAGAAUGGUGGAAAUGCCAUUUCAGAGACCCAAAUUUUAAAAAUUUUCCGGGGGAGUACUCCAUGACCCAGGUGGUGUGAUUCCUACAAUACGCAAUCUGGUCAAAAUUGUUUUGUCUCAGAUUAAGAGUUCUUUCAGUUUGACUUUACCAAAUACUGUAGAUUUCUUAUUGUUCUCAGGUUUCAUCUUUAUCUAUAAUAGAGCUAGCGCAUGUCCUCAUUUAACUAUCACACAGUCUGUCCAACAUGAGAUGAUUUUACUUGUCAAAGGAAAAGUGUUAGGUGUUAAUAUAAAUGAUAUAUUUUACUUGUAGGAAGUUUGCAAACCACUGAUGUCUAUGGUACAGUUAUGUUGGGUCCAAAGGACAGACGUGUUAGAAGUAAAGAAGAAGUGACAUUUGAGUGCUUUGCUACUGGAUGGUAA